AAGGAAAAGCAACUCGGCCGCUGACACGGUGUCCUCCGACUCCUCCCCCACUUUCUCCCCACCACCACCACCAUCUCCCGUCUCCCCCGCUCCGGACGCAUCCAGUCGCCUCGCCUCGCCUCACCUCACGUGCGCGCCUCUAACUCGCCGCUCCGGUCAACCCGCCGCCGCAUGAGAGAUGGUACUACUAGAUGUAGAUCGUCCAAUCCGAACGCAUUCCUCUCCUCCCCGUCGGGCCACACCACCCACGGCCUGCCACAGUGUACGUCCCAUAAUUUAUUCUCUCCUUCCGCUGCACUUGUCUCCCGCAUUGGUUUAAAGGGAGGUCCACGGAGGGGAGAGGCGGUCCCCGAUGGCCCUGCGUCCCUCGCCGGCCUCCUCCCCCCACGCAUUGCCGGAUUCGAGGGCUCGCCAAGCGCCGCCGCCAAGUGUGCUGCUCUGGCAGGAGUAGUACGGGGGGUUUGCCUGCUUCUUGGCUGGGUUGGCCGAGGGCUUUGGUUUGGGAUCGCCGGAGCGCCAGGAUCCGGAGGUUCCCUCGAGGCUAAAGGUUCUUUAACAUUUGACUGUCGAAUUUGGUGCUCGGUCUUGAAAUUCAGAAAGAAAAAGGCCUUUGCUAGGUUCAACAAGCGAUGGCCUCCCCCGGUGAGGAAAAAAUGAAGGGUUGUCGCCCUAAACUUUUCGGUGCCAAGGAGAAGAAAUCUGCAAAGAGGACCGACAGUCCAGGCUGCAAUGCAGCACAUGAGCUUGGACCAAGUCCUUCUAAGACAGUAUCAGCUUCCCCCUUGAGAACACUUUCAGGAGUUAAGAGCAUACGUCUCAGCCAUUUCCUGGCCCAACCUUCUUCUAUUAAUAGAACAACUGAGCCCGUCAGAAUUUUUGUCUCUACCUGGAACGUCGGUGGGAAAGCACCUACUGCUGAACUGAACAUGGAUGAUUUUGUUCCACCUGAUGAUCGUUCAGAUAUUUAUGUGUUGGGUUUUCAGGAAAUUGUUCCUCUCAAUGCUGGUAAUGUGCUUGUGGUAAAGCUGCUGCCUUGUGACCAUGAGGUCAUGGGUUCAAGUCCUGGAAACAGCCUCUUACAGAAAUGUAGGGAAAGGCUGCGUACUAUAGACCCAAAGUGGUCGGACCCUUCCCUGGACCCUGCGCAAGCGGGAGCUACAUGCACCAGGUUGCCCUUUUUUAAUGCUGGUAAUGUGCUUGUGAUAGAAGACAAUGAACCAGCUGCAAGGUGGCUUGUUCUUAUAAACCAAGCACUAAACCGGCCAGCUGAUAAUGAUACCAAUGUCUUUCAGCAUCCGACAUCUCCAUCUGUUGAUUCUACUUCAUCUCGAGCUUCUUCAAGCCUUGACACUUCAUUCUCUGAAUUAACAAAAACAGCAAGUGGUUCCACAAUCUUCCAGAAAUCUUCCCUCAAAGCCAUUAGAAAACCUUUCAUGCCAAUGCAGAGAAAACGGCUUAAGGCCUGCAACUGCCCAGCAGAAAUGAUCAAAUCAUCGUACAGGGAUGCUUGCUUUCGGCGCCCGAAAAAACAUGCUGGCGAGACUGAUUCCUCAGGAGAGGAAGAGAAAGAGAACACGAGGGAUUCUUGCGGCUCUGUGCUAAGUGAAGUAACUUCCGCUCCCACCGCAAGGGAUCAGCUAAAAUAUAACCUCAUAGUAUGCAAACAAAUGGUUGGAAUUUUUGUCACUGUGUGGGUAAAGAAAGAACUAGUGCAACACAUCGGCCAUCUAAGAACGUCUUGCAUAGGGCGAGGAAUUCUGGGCUGUCUUGGAAACAAGGGAUGUAUAUCAGUAAGCAUGACAGUGCACCAGACAAGCUUUUGUUUCAUCUGCAGCCAUUUGGCUUCAGGUCAGAAAGAAGGGGACGAAUUCAGAAGAAACUCUGAUGUUCUAGAGAUAAUGCGGCUCACACUGUUUUCGAGGCUUUGCAGGAAAAUUGGGCGAAGAAUUCCUGAGAAAAUUCUUGAGCAUGAUAAGGUGAUAUGGUUUGGGGAUUUGAACUACCGUAUUGCACUGAGCUAUGAAGAUACAAAAAGGCUUUUGACGGAAAAUAAUUGGGAUGCCCUUUUCGAAAAGGAUCAGCUAAAAAUUGAACGAGAUGCCGGACGAGUGUUCAGGGGAUGGAAUGAGGGGAAGAUAUAUUUUGCUCCCACAUACAAGUACUCCUCUAACUCGGAUGCAUAUGCUGGUGAGACUGCAACAUCAAACAAAAAGAGGAGAACGCCAGCAUGGUGUGAUAGAAUAUUGUGGCAAGGUGACGGCACUUCACAGUUGUCCUACUACCGUGGAGAGUCCCGAUUUUCAGAUCAUCGUCCUGUCUGUGGAACCUUCAUUGUCGAAGUUGAGGCACUAAACAGAAAGACAAAGAGGCGCUCAUCUAAUGCUGACAUGAAAAUCGGUGCUGAAGAGCUUUUACCAACGGACAAGAAUAAGGGUGUGUAUGUCAAGGCCAAUACAAAGUGACGAUAUCCCAUUGUGGCUUCCUGUUAGGCACAUCACGGAGUGUGAGCUUCCACAAAUAACACAAUAAUGUGCAUGCCAGUUCUACAAAGAAAAACGUAUAUGCAUCACGUUGUCAAGAAUCGUGCAUAGAUUUGUUUGGAUGACGGUUAAAAACCGGCCUGAUGCUCCUGUUUCAAACAGGGCAACAGACUCUGGAAGUGGAAGGAUAAUGUCUAGUUUUCAUUCCAUUUUUUCCCAACGCAGUCCAAAAGAAAAAAGAUAAGUCUCCUUUUAAAGGAGGUGAUUUGGUUAUAUACCUGAUGAUAGGAUUAAACCAGCCAAUAUUCUUUGGUCUGUAAUUUUUCCAGUUGUAAGUAUAAUUGUACUAUGACAAGAUGAAGCAACAAAUUUCUUUUGACGGCAAUUUUUUAACAAGCCACGAGCAUUUUGAAA